UAGAAAAGGAAAAAAAAAACUCAUAAAUUAGUUAAUGUAGGAAAUUCAAUUAGCGGGAAAAAGAAAAAUACAGUUACAGUGUAGCAAAAGAAUAAAGAAAAACCUACCAAAUCAAAAAGGCCAAAAAUAAAAAACACACCUUUGAACACAAUCCCUUCUCUUCCAGCUUUCUCCUUCUUCUUCCCCUGCACCAGCGCAACCACCGGAAUACCAUAAUGACAGCAUGAAUCCUUCCUCCUCCGCCAUCCACCCGGAUCAACAACCACCACCUUUGCAAACGGAACCACCGCCACAGCCGCCAUCAAAACCACCGGAAACCGUUCGGAAACUCAUAGUGGAAGUCAUCGAAGCCCGGGACCUCCUCCCUAAAGAUGGACAAGGAAGCUCAAGCCCAUAUGUGGUGGUGGACUUCGACGGCCAAAAGAAGCGUACAUCCACCGUGUACAAGAAUCUCAACCCGACUUGGAACGAGAUGCUGGAGUUCGUCAUCAGUGAUCCUUCCAACAUGGAGUAUGAAGAGCUUGAAAUUGAAGUCUAUAAUGAUAAGAAGCUGAGCAGUGGGAAUGGGAGGAAGAAUCAUUUCCUGGGUCGGGUCAAAAUCUACGGGACCCAGUUUUCGAAGCGGGGAGAAGAAGGAUUGAUUUACUUCUCACUGGAGAAGAAAAGUGUGUUCAGUUGGAUCCGGGGCGAGUUGGGUCUCAAGAUUUACUAUUAUGACGAGAUGGAGCCUUCCGAGGAUCCGCCGCCGCAGCCCCCGCCGCAGCAGGAGGAAGCGCCGCCGGCUGCCCCGCCUCAAAGUGCGGAGGAAAUCAGGCGGGGUCCGAUGAUGGAGGAAAUGCCACCUGUGAGGGUUUUGGAGGUCCCGAUGCCUUCGGAGAUUGCCAUGGAGGUGAAAGAUCAGUUCCCGCCGGUUGGUACAAUGGAGGAGCCUCCGCCGGUGAACGUGGUUCCGUCCCAGGCGCCGGAGAGGUUUAGUUAUUCGGAGGUCCACGUUCCGCCGGUGAUGGAAAUCCCGCCGGAAAUGAGACGGAUGCAGGCCAUGGGUGGUGGGAGAGGCGGAGACAGAGUAAAAGUUAUGAGGAGGCCACAGGUGAAUGGAGAUUUUUCGCCUAAAGUAAUCGCCGGAAAACAUCCCGGCGAUCCUACUGAGAAAAUCUCUCCGUACGAUCUCGUUGAGCCGAUGCAGUAUUUGUUUAUUCGGAUAGUGAAGGCCCGGAAUUUAGCUCCGAAUGAGAGUCCAAUCGUCAAGAUACGGACGUCGAAUCAUUCGGUGAAGUCGAAGCCCGGGUCGACCCGACCGGGAGAACCGCCGUCCAAUCCAGAAUGGCACCUUGUCUUCGCUCUGGGCCAUAAUAAAGCUGAAAACUCCAGUUCCACUCUCGAAAUCUCAGUCUGGGACGCUCCGUCGGAGAAGUUUCUCGGCGGAGUUUGCUUCGACCUUUCCGACGUGCCCGUACGAGACCCACCGGAUAGUCCACUCGCACCCCAAUGGUACCACCUUGAGGGCGGCGGAGGAGGAGGUCCCGACGGUCAGGAAAACGUCUCCGGCGACAUCCAGUUGUCAGUUUGGAUCGGAACUCAGGCUGAUGAUGCUUUCCCGGAAGCGUGGAGCACCGACGCGCCCACAACCCACGUGUCACACACGCGGUCGAAAGUGUAUCAGUCUCCCAAGCUAUGGUACUUGAGAAUCACUGUGCUAGAAGCCCAGGACCUUCAAAUAGCUCCGAAUCUGCCUCCGUUGACCGCCCCGGAAAUUCGGGUCAAAGCACAACUCGGGUUUCAGUCUGCCAGAACCCGGAGAGGAUCCAUGAGCCACCAUGCACCGGCGUUUCACUGGAACGAGGAUCUCAUCUUCGUCGCCGGAGAGCCACUCGAAGACACGCUCAUCAUUCUGGUCGAAGAUCGGACGGGAAAAGAUCCGGCACUUCUCGGGCAUGUGAUCGUUCCGGUGGGAUCAAUCGAGCAGCGGUUGGAUGAGCGGCACGUGGCCUGGAAGUGGUACGGGUUGGAAGGUGGACCGGGUGGUGGAGCCUACUGCGGGAGGAUCCAGUUGAGGGUGUGCUUAGAGGGAGGGUAUCACGUGCUUGAUGAAGCGGCGCACGUGUGCAGUGACUUCAGGCCUACGGCAAAGCAACUAUGGAAACCGGCCAUUGGGAUAUUGGAGCUCGGCAUUUUGGGUGCCCGUGGAUUACUGCCCAUGAAAUCCAAGGGUGGAGGAAAAGGGUCCACGGAUGCUUACUGUGUUGCCAAGUAUGGGAAGAAGUGGGUCCGAACCCGAACUAUAACGGAUAGCUUCGAUCCACGGUGGAACGAACAGUACACUUGGCAAGUUUAUGAUCCGUGCACGGUUCUUACUAUUGGCGUGUUUGAUAAUUGGCGAAUGUUUGCUGACAUGGGAGACGAGAAGCCGGAUUACCGGAUUGGAAAGGUUCGAAUCCGGGUAUCCACAUUGGAGAAUAACAAGGUGUACACUAAUUCGUAUCCAUUGAUGGUUUUGUUGAAGACCGGGUUGAAGAAAAUGGGCGAGAUUGAGGUGGCGGUUCGGUUUGUUUGCCCGUCGUAUUUAGCCGAAACUUGUGCUGUUUACGGGCAACCGUUGCUCCCCCGGAUGCAUUAUCUACGCCCACUCGGCAUAGCUCAACAAGAGGCGUUACGUGCGGCCGCAACAAAAAUGGUAGCGGUGUGGUUAGCCCGAUCCGAGCCGCCGCUUGGACCUGAGGUGGUUCGUUACAUGUUAGAUGCUGAUUCUCACGCAUGGAGCAUGAGGAAAAGUAAGGCUAAUUGGUUCCGAAUUGUGGCGGUGUUAGCAUGGGCGGUCGGGUUGGCGAAAUGGUUAGAUGAGAUCAGGCGAUGGAAGAACCCGAUCACCACGGUUUUAGUUCAUGUCCUCUACUUGGUACUAGUGUGGUAUCCAGACUUGAUCGUACCAACCGGGUUCCUUUACGUGUUCCUCGUUGGCGUAUGGUACUAUCGGUUCAAACCGAAAAUACCCGCGGGCAUGGAUGUCCGACUAUCGCAGGCAGAAACGGUCGACCCGGACGAGUUAGACGAGGAAUUCGACACCAUCCCGAGUUCGAAGCCACCCGAGAUCAUCCGGAUGCGAUACGACCGGUUAAGACUGUUGGCAGCCCGGGUCCAAACGGUUUUGGGUGAUUUUGCAACUCAGGGUGAAAGGCUCCAAGCAUUGGUCAGUUGGAGAGACCCUAGAGCCACAAAAAUAUUCAUUGGAGUGUGCCUUAUGAUCACCAUUACACUUUACAGUGUGCCACCAAAAAUGGUAGCAGUAGCUCUUGGGUUCUACUUUUUGCGUCAUCCCAUGUUUAGGGACCCAAUGCCACCAGCUAGCCUCAAUUUCUUUCGGAGACUUCCAAGUUUAUCUGACCGUUUAUUGUAGUAAGUAGUUAUGUAGAUAAAGAAAAAGAAAACCCAAAUACUAUAGAACAGUGUUAGAAUUGACAUCAAAUUUUUGGCGCCAAAAAAGGGGGGAAAUGAAAGAUUUCUUUUGAUGGAUUGAAUUGGGCACACUGGGUCUUGUUGAAAAGUUGAUUUUGGGUACUGAAAAAAACAUGGGAAGAAGUGAAGAAAAAGUGAGGCAAAGUGGGGAUUUGGGAGGCCUUGUUUUUCUUCUACUCUUUUUUUGGGGUGAUUGAAUUCAUUGAUUUGACUGGUCUAAACAUCAAACAAGGACAGAAGGAAUGGGAAAAAAAAGAUGUACGAGUAGAAGAAAUUUGAGUGCUGCAAACAUUAAAAGCAGCAAAGAGAGUUGAAAAUAAUGGAUGCUGCUUUUUUUUUUUUUUAAUGGCUGUAAUGAUGUCUUUGAAAGCAUUGACAUAUUUAUGCAUUCUAACAUGAUUUGUAA